AUGGCCCGUAACAAUGUUUACAAUCUCCCCCUUAUUCUCCUUCUUCUCCUCUCCCUAACCCUACCCAUUCUAUCCACCCCCCUCCCCUCCUCCCAGUCCGAAUCCCAAUCCCAAUCCCACUGGGUCGACAUCUGGACCGCGAUGCCUCAACUGACCGAACCAGCCAACCUACCUCCAGCCCCAUUUGUAGGUACCCCCUCUCCCUCUCCCCUCCCCAUAUUAUAUACACCAUUAAUCAAUAUCAGAACUCCAACCCCCUCCAUCUUCCCCAACACGACCCUCCGCCAAACCCUGCGCCUCACUCAACCCGCCAGCACCAUCCGCCUCCGACUCUCCAACGCCUUCGGCAGUACCGACCUCCCCAUCACCUCCGUAGCCAUCUCGCUCCCACCCAACAACACCCUCGGCAGCGCAUCCAUCAUUCCGGAUACUUCGACCCCAAUUUCCUUCGAUGGAGACACCUCGAUCCUCGUCCCAGCAGGGAGUCUCAUCGUCUCAGAACCGAUAACUCUCCCGAAACAAGCGAGCACGACACUAACAGUGGACUUGUACUUGGAAAGUGGACAGAACGGGACGGAUAUUACCUCUCAUCCGGGGAGUCGGACGACGUCGUGGAUGGGGUUCGGGGAUUUAGUUGGCGAAGAUAGUAUAGUUGGAGGGGACGUGGUGGGGGUGGAGCAUUGGUACUUCAUCUCCACCAUCGAAGCCCUCCUCCCGGAUACUUACCACGGCUGGCCCGACCUCCUCCUCCCCUACCUUCACAACAACCCCCAAACCAACACCCUCUCGCUCCUCAACCAAGCCGCCGGCGGCAACCGCCUCCUCCACGACGGCCUCGGCCCCAACACCCUCUCGCGCAUUGACCGCGACGUGCUCUCGCACUCACGCAUAACGCACGCGAUUGUCUUCGAAGGCGUCAACGACAUCGGCACAGCAUCCACCUCCCCUACAGCACAGCAAAUAACAAAUAAUCACGCGGCUCCACGCCGCCGGGAUUAA